GAUGGAGAUGUAAUUAAGAAGGCACCUUCUGUGGACCUGGCAAGCAAAAAGUGCCAGCAGGUGCUGAUGGAGCUGGAAGGAGUGCUCCAGCACUUGGAAGUAAUGUUUAGCUUGACACUGGUUCCUCGGGUUCUCAUCCUACUUGGAGGCAACGUCAUGAACCCUAAGGAGCUGUAUGAGCUCAACCUGGAGGCUCUCUGCGAGGCCAGCGCCGAGGAGAGCCUGAAGCCUUCGCGCUGCGUCCGCAAGCUGUUCCACGCGCUGUUCCUGGCGGACGUGUUCAGCGAGCUGCAGGCUCUGCCCGCCACGGGCACCGCCGUCAUGCUCCAGGGGCACCGCGACUGCGGCGUCGGCUGGUUCCGGCCCAAGCUCAACUAUAAAGUGCCCGCCCGAGGGAGGAGACUAACUGUGAACUUGUCCUCUGCUGGAGACAUCAACGUUAGUGCCUCGCCGCCUCGGCCCGUGACCCCGGCGUGGGAGGACUACGUCUGGUUUCAAGCCCCGGUGACGCUCAAAGGCUUUCGUGAAUGA